AUGGGGAAGGAGGGGAAGGGGAGAGAAUAUGCAUCAGAAAAGCUUGCUCCAACCCAAAGCUUGCGCUUCCAGAGCUUCCCUGCAGCGCCGUUGCUCCAGUUUGAACCCGAUGCGGGUCCUCAGCCUCUUCCCCGUGUGUCCUCCCUUGCUGCUGCCCCCGUUUGCUCUUCUUCCCCCAGGUUUUUGGGAGAAGCCCACGUGCCCCUGCGAGAUGUCCUGUCCACCCCCAGCUUGGCUGCCUCCUUCAACGUGCCGCUGCUGGACGCCAAGAAGCAGAGCACGGGGGUGAGUCCGGACGGGGGACGAGCUGGGACACGGCCAGCGGCCCGCCUGGCCCCCCAGCCCUGCCACCCUGACCUGCCUCUUGCCCCUGCAGAAACGGCUGCUGAGGAGGAUACCGAAGAUCAGACCGCGACGGGGGACGAGACGGAGCCAUCCUCGGGGCCCUCAGGGGCCGAGCAGCCCACCCUGCCCCGCAAGCCACCUGCGCACCACAUCCAUGGGAUUAAGCGGAGGAAAAGCUCGCCCAAAAAGCCCCUGCCCAACAAACCGCAGGACUUCCAGGUGAGCUCUGCCAUGGCGAGACACUGGCUCAUUGAGGGCAGGCAGCUCCCUGGCGUCAACAUCAAACCCGUGGUGAAGGUCACAGCUGCCGGGCAGACGAAGAGGACCAGGAUACGCAAAGGCAACAGCCCCUUCUUUGAUGAGACCUUCUUCUUCAAUGUCUUUGAGUCACCAGCCGAGUUGUUCGAUGUGCCUAUCUUCAUCACAGUUGUUGAUUCUCGGUCUUUCCGGACAGACUCGGUGAUAGGGGAGUUUCGGAUGGAUGUCGAGACGAUUUAUUCUGAACCGAAACAUGCUUUUCUCAGAAAAUGGCUGUUGCUUUCUGACCCGGAGGAUUUUUCGGCGGGGGCCAAAGGUUACUUGAAAGUCAGCCUCUUCGUGCUGGGGCCCGGAGACGAAGCUCCUAUAGAGAAGAAGGAAAUCUCUGAAGACAAGGAAGAUAUUGAAGGGAAUAUCUUGCGUCCCACGGGGGUCACCUUGAGAGGGGCUCACUUCUCCCUGAAGAUCUUCAAAGCUGAAGACCUACCCCAGAUGGAUGAUGCUGUCAUGGACAAUGUUCGGCAGAUCUUUGGCUUUGAGAGCAACAAGAAGAACCUGGUCGAUCCCUUUGUGGAAGUCAGCUUUGCAGGCAAGACGCUCUACUCGAAGAUCCUGGAGAAAAACGCCAACCCACAGUGGAACCAGAUCAUCACGCUGCCGGCGAUGUUCCCUUCCAUGUGCGAGAAGAUGAGGAUCCGCGUCACCGACUGGGACCGUCUCACGCACAACGAUAUCAUCGGCACGGCGUACCUGUGCAUGUCCAAGAUCUCGACCCCCGGUGGGGAGCUGGAAGAUGAGUUUCCUGCUCUUGCGAAGCCUCUGAAAGCCGCAGACUUGGACGAUGGACUCGGGUUCCUGCCGACAUUCGGUCCCUGCUACAUCAACCUUUACGGCAGCCCCAGGGAGUUCACUGGCUUCCCAGACCCUUACGAAACACUCAAUUUAGGAAAGGGCGAGGGAGUCGCUUAUCGAGGCAGAUUGCUCGUGGAGCUGGAGACCAAGCUGGCGGACCAUGUUGAGCAGAAGGUGGAGGACAUCGCUGCAGAUGACGUCCUCCGGGUGGAGAAGUACCUGCGGCGGCGGAAGUACUGCCUCUUCGCUGCCUUCUACUCGGCCACCAUGCUCCAGGACGUGGAUGACGCCAUCCAGUUUGAGGUCAGCAUCGGCAACUACGGCAACAAGUUCGACACCACCUGCCUACCCUUGGCCUCGACCACGCAGUACAGCCGGGCCGUGUUCGACGGCUGCCAGUACUACUACCUGCCCUGGGGCAACGUGAAGCCUGUUGUGGUGCUAUCGUCCUACUGGGAAGACAUCAGCUACCGAACCGAUGCCCAAAACCUGCUCCAGCAUGCAGCCGACCGGCUGGAAGCCAACUUGGAGAUGGUCCACCUUGCGCUCAAGGCCAACUGCUCCCCGAGUGACUUGGAUUCCCUGGUUGCCCAGUUGAUGGAUGACAUCAUUGCCGACUGCAGCCAGACACUGCCCAGCGUGGUGGGGAAGCCAACCUGCACCCACCUGGACCAGCACCUGCACCGCUUUCGCAGCACCAACCUGGAGCAGAUAGUGAAGGCGGCUCUGAAGAUGAAGCACGAUGACUUGAGCCUCCCCGCGGCGCUGGAGCAGGCGGAGGACUGGCUCUCCCGGCUGAAGGCCAUGGCUGAGGAGCCCCAGAACAGCCUGCCAGACAUAGUGAUCUGGAUGCUGCAGGGAGACAAGCGCGUUGCCUACGCCCGGGUGCCAGCCCACCAGGUCCUCUUCUCCAGGAAUGUCGCCAACUGCUGCGGCAAGAACUGUGGGAAACUGCAGACGAUAUUUCUGAAAUACCCGCAGGAGGAGGCGACGGGUCCCAAGAUUCCAGCCCAGAUCCGGGUCCAGCUCUGGUUUGGGCUGUCUGUGGAUGAAAAGGAGUUUAACCAGUACGCCGAAGGGAAGCUCUCUGUCUUCGCCGAAACCUAUGAGAAUCAGACCAAGCUGGCACUGGUCGGGAACUGGGGCACGACUGGCCUGACUUAUCCCAAAUACUCUGAUGUCACUGGCAAGAUCAAACUGCCCAAGGACAGCUUCCGGCCCUCCGCGGGCUGGACGUGGGCUGGAGACUGGUUCAUCUGCCCGGAGAAGACGUUGCUGCAUGAUGCGGAUGCUGGCCACCUGAGCUUCGUGGAGGAGGUGUUUGAGAACCAGGUCCGGCUGCCUGGGGGCCAGUGGAUCCACAUGACGGAUGCCUACACAGACGUGAACGGGGAGAAAGUGCUGCAUAAGGACGAGAUCGAGUGUCCUCCAGGCUGGAAAUGGGAAGACAUUGAGUGGGACACCGACCUUAACAGAGCUGUGGAUGAGAAAGGCUGGGAAUAUGGCAUCACCAUCCCCCCAGACCGCAAGCCCAAGGCCUGGGUGCCUGCUGAGAAGAUGUACCACACCAACCGGCGCCGGCGCUGGGUGCGCCUCCGCCGCCGGGACCUCACGCAGAUGGAGGCUAUGAGGAAGACAACUUUGGAUGGAAACCAUGGGGGACUCUUGCCAUGCAGGGGCUACAGGAAGGGCCCCAAGGGGCUGCGGGUGGUUGAGGACCAGCAGAGCAGAAAUGCCCUGGCCUCGGAGCCUCUGGAGCGGACGGGGGCGGCUGCUGUCUUCGCCUUGGAGGGGGCGCUGGGGGGAGUGACAGACGACAAGAGCGACGAUGGCAAAUCUGUCUCUACUCUGAGUUUUGGUGUCAACAGACCCACCAUUUCCUGCAUUUUUGACUAUGGGAACAGAUAUCACCUCCGCUGCUAUAUGUACCAAGCUCGGGAUCUGAUUGCCAUGGACAAGGACAGCUUUUCAGAUCCUUAUGCCAUCGUCUCCUUUCUCCACCAAAGCCAGAAGACAGUGGUGAUCAAGAACACCCUGAACCCCACCUGGGACCAGACACUCAUCUUCUAUGAGAUAGAGAUCUUCGGGGACCCCCAGAACGUAUCUGACUCCCCUCCCAACAUUGUGGUGGAAAUCUACGACCACGACACCUACGGCGCAGACGAGUUCAUGGGGCGCUGCAUUUGCAAGCCCAGCCUGGUGCGCUCACCGAGACUCUCUUGGCACCCAGUCAUCAAGGCGAACAGAAACGCUGGUGAGCUGCUUGCUGCCUUCGAGCUGAUUCAGAGAGAGAAGCCGGCCGUCCAUCACAUCCCUGGCUUCGAGAACGAGCUGUCUGCCAGUCUGGAUGAGCUCUGCACCCCUGCCUUGUUCUCCGAGGGGCUCCUCCAACGGUCUGCUGAUUCGGACCUGCCGUAUCCCCCACCCCAGCGGGAGCCCAACAUUUACAUGGUCCCCCAAGGAAUCAAACCAGCGCUGCAGCGCACUGCCAUCGAGAUCCUGGCAUGGGGGCUGAGGAACCUCAAGAGCUACCAGCUGGCCAGUGUCACGUCACCCAGCCUGCUAGUGGAGUGCGGAGGCCAGCUCGUGCAGUCCUGUGUCAUCAAGAAUGUCAAGAAAAAUCCCAACUUUGACGUCUCCGUGCUCUUCAUGGAAGUGCGUCUACCCAAGGAAAGUCUGUACAGCCCCCCCAUCAUCAUCAAGGUCAUCGACAACAGGCCGUUCGGCCGAAGGCCCGUGGUGGGGCAGUGCACCAUCCGUUCGCUGGAGGAAUUCUACUGGGACCCCUAUGGGGAGGAGAUGGGUGGCCCCCAGGAAGAGCCAGAUGAUGUAAGCCUCACGCCUAAGGACGACGUUCUCAUUGACAUUGAUGACAAAGAGCCUCUUAUUCCUGCCCAGGAGGAAGAAUUCAUUGACUGGUGGAGCAAAUUCUAUGCUUCCAUGGGAGAGAGGGAAAAAUGUGGCUGCUAUUUAGAGAAGGGCUUUGACACACUGAAGGUCUAUGAGACGGAGCUGGAAAACGUGGAGGACUUUGAACACCUCUCUGACUUCUGCCACACCUUCAAGCUAUAUCGCGGCCGAACCCAGGACUCAAAUGACGAUCCCUCUGUUGUGGGGGAGUUCAAGGGCUCAUUCAAGAUUUACCCUCUCCCAGAUGACCCCAGAGUCCCAGUCCCGCCACGGCAAUUUCACCAGCUCCCGGCCAGGGGACCCCAGGAGUGUCUCAUCAGAGUCUACAUCAUCCGGGCCUUCGAUCUGCAGCCCAAGGAUGCCAACGGAAAGUGCGAUCCCUAUGUGAAGAUUUCAGUGGGAAAGAAAUCCAUAAAUGACCAAGACAAUUACAUCCCCUGCACGCUGGAGCCUGUCUUCGGAAAGAUGUUUGAGCUGAGCUGCACUCUGCCCCUGGAGAAGGACUUGAAGAUCACACUCUAUGACUAUGAUCUCCUGUCGAAGGAUGAGAAGAUUGGAGAGACUGUCAUAGACCUGGAGAACCGGUUCCUGACAAAAUACGGGGCGCGCUGUGGCCUCCCCCAAACCUACUGCGUUUCUGGACCCAACCAGUGGCGAGACCAACUCCGGCCGUCCCAGCUGCUUCACCUCUUCUCCCUGCAACACAAUUACAAGGCUCCCACCUACAAGUCUGACCGGCUUGUCUUUCGGGAGCAAGAGUACAUCCUCUCAGAACUGGAGGAUGGCAAACCUGCCAAUCCCCACCUGGGACCGGUGGAGGAACGUCUUGCCUUGUACGCGCUAAGGAAGCAAGGGCUGGUGCCAGAGCAUGUGGAGACGAGGCCUCUUUACAGUCCUCUCCAGCCUGAAAUUGAGCAGGGAAAGCUGCAGAUGUGGGUAGACCUGUUUCCAAAAUCUUUGGGUCAGCCUGGCCCCCCUUUCAACAUCACGCCACGCAAAGCCAAGAGGUUCUUCUUGCGCUGCAUCAUCUGGAACACCAAGGACGUGAUCCUCGAUGACCUCAGCAUCACUGGGGAGAAGAUGAGUGAUAUUUAUGUGAAAGGAUGGCUGAUUGGCCACGAGGAAAACAAGCAGAAGACAGAUGUGCACUACAGGUCUAUGGGAGGAGAGGGCAACUUCAACUGGAGAUUCAUCUUCCCCUUUGACUAUCUCCCUGCUGAGCAAGUGUGCUAUGUCACAAAAAAGGAGCACUUCUGGAGCUUGGACAAGACUGAAAAUAAGAUUCUACCACAGCUUAUCCUCCAGAUCUGGGACAAUGAUAAGUUCUCUUUUGAUGACUAUUUGGGCUCCAUUCAGAUGGAUCUAAACCGGAUGCCCAAACCUGCCAAGACUGCUGAAAAGUGCUCUUUAGAGCUAGUAGAUGAGACCUUGUCUUCAGGACGUUUUGUAUCGCUCUUUGAGCAGAAAACUGUCAAGGGUUGGUGGCCCUGUGUUGCUGAGCAGGAUCAGAAGAAGAUCCUGGCGGGUAAACUGGAAAUGACUUUGGAAAUUGUGGCAGAACAGGAGCAUGAAGAGCGGCCAGCGGGGAUGGGUCGUGAUGAGCCAAAUAUGAACCCCAGGCUGGAGGACCCCAAACGCCCAGAGACCUCCUUCCUGUGGUUCACCUCUCCGUACAAGACCUUGAAGUACAUCCUGUGGCGGCGGUACAAGUGGGUGGUUAUCUUGGCCCUCGUGCUCUUCAUUUUGCUGCUCUUCCUUGGGAUCUUCAUCUACGCCUUCCCGAACUACGCUGCUAUGAAACUGGUAAAACCUUUCAGCUGAAGCUGUGCUGGUGGACACCGGAAAGGUCCAGUGCCUGCCUGGGGUUUUGGAAAUGAGUUACUGCUCUGCACUGGAUCACAUCAGCAGAUGGAGAAGAAAAAGGAACACCCUCUCCCAGGCCCUAGGCUGCUGCCAAAAUGAAGAUGUAACGUUCCUUGACACAAUAUGCAGAAUACCACCUACAGCACUCACCGCUGAAGCAGCAUGUAGACAAUACCUAAGUUGAAAUAUUUCUUAUUUUACUUCUCUCUCUGUCUGCCUUUUUUGUUUUUUUUUAUGAUUUGUAAAGCUUGAAUAUCAAUGCAAAACUGAAGAGGGCCGGGGAGAAAAGGACCUUUUCAUAUGACUUAAUUAUAGCCUGCAAGCCUAUAAAGAUGUUGCAGUCCUUAGUAGAGGAAUUAUGGGCUGCUGGUCUAAGCAGUAGAUGCAAGCCAAAAACUCUCAGGUUGUGAGCACUUUCCUUUGCGCUCUGACAAGCCUCAGUUUUCCUUUGCCAUGCAAUGGUUUAUAUAUAAAGUCUGCUGAAGACAGAAUGUGCUGUACAGCCCAAAACUGGGGGCUGUCACGAUGCCUUCCCAAAGGGAGCAGGAACUGUGAGAUACAGGACCCAGCGCAAGGCUCUGAGACACAAGACUUGAGGCAGGAAUUGAUGGUGAUGAUAAAAUAAAAACUCCCAUUGAAUUCUGUGCUCAUGAAGGGCCACAUAGUGUGGCCCAGAUUUUUUGGAGCUUGUUUUCCCUCUAAGCUGCUCUUUUACCUCUACAAUCCCACAUGCCUCUCUUCAAAACCUGCAUUUUGGUGGCAAAGACAAUGGAGUUAGUCUGCGACCGGCUCUGAGAGCAACCCCAGGAUCAAAACCGUGCACAUGCGCUUUGCUCUUCUCCCCUCCUGCUACCU